AUGUUCCUGGUAUCCCACAGACGUGGCUGCAAGGGAACUAGCCUGGGAACUAAAUAUGCAAGGAUGCACGCCCUACUUAAAGGGCAGUCAAUGGGAUGGGAUGAUCUUGUUAUUGCAUCAACCCGAUCAAGACCAAGUCAGCUUCCAGAACACUCUUCAGCUACGCAUCAGAAUGGCAGUGCUUCAGAUAUCUCACCAGCUCAGCCUGGCAAAAAGGAUUUUGCACCACCAUCACGCAGAAAAUCAAAUUGUGUGAAAGAAGUCGAAAAACUCCAGGAAAAACGUGAGAAACGGCGAAUACAGCAGCAAGAGAUGAGGGAAAAACGAGCUCAGGAUGUUGAUUCUACAAAUCCAAACUGGGAAAUUAUGUGUAUGAUCAGAGAAUUUAGAUCAAGCCUUGACUAUCGACCUCUUACAGCUGCUGAUCCAAUCGAUGAACAAAGAAUAUGUGUUUGUGUAAGAAAACGACCACUAAACAAGAAAGAAAAUGCAAUAAGGGAUCUUGAUGUAAUCACAAUUCCCAGUAAGGAUGUUGUAAUGGUUCAUGAACCAAAACAAAAAGUGGAUUUAACAAAGUACUUAGAAAACCAAACUUUUCGUUUUGACUAUGCUUUUGAUGAAACUGCUACUAAUGAAAUGGUUUACAGAUUUACAGCUAGACCACUAGUGGAGACUAUAUUUGAUAGAGGAAUGGCAACUUGCUUUGCAUAUGGUCAGACUGGAAGUGGAAAAACACACACUAUGGGUGGUGACUUCACAGGAAAAAAUCAAGAUUGUUCUAAAGGAAUAUAUGCACUUGCGGCUCGGGAUGUUUUUCUCAUGCUGAAGAAGCCAAAUUACAGAAAAAUAGAACUCCAAGUAUUUGCAACAUUUUUUGAAAUUUACAGUGGUAAGGUAUUUGACUUGCUUAACAGAAAAGCUAAGCUAAGGGUGCUGGAGGAUGGAAAGCAACAAGUUCAAGUGGUUGGGCUUUCUGAGCGUGAUGUUAAAUGUACAGAAGAUGUUUUGAAACUAAUUGAAGCUGGCAAUAGUUGCAGAACAUCUGGUCAGACAUCUGCAAAUGCUCACUCUUCAAGAAGCCAUGCAGUGUUCCAGAUUAUUCUUCGUAGAAAAGGGAAAAUGCAUGGAAAAUUUUCAUUAAUUGAUCUGGCAGGAAAUGAGAGAGGGGCAGACACCUCUAGUGCAGAUCGUCAGACACGACUUGAAGGUGCUGAGAUUAACAAGAGCCUUUUAGCACUCAAGGAAUGUAUCCGAGCCUUGGGUCGAAACAAACCUCAUACCCCAUUCAGAGCAAGUAAACUUACCCAAGUGCUAAGAGAUUCUUUUAUUGGAGAAAAUUCCAGAACUUGCAUGAUCGCAACUAUCUCUCCAGGAAUGGGUUCAUGUGAGAACACACUAAACACACUUAGAUAUGCAAACAGAGUAAAGGAGUUUGGAAUAAGUCCCUCGGAUAUUCCCUUUCAGCAAGGUGGUGGGAGCCGUUCUGACCUCUCUCCUACCUACCUCGAAUAUGAUGACUUCCCUCCUUCACCUACCAGAGUGAAAGAGUUAAUUGUGGAUCAAAAUGGUCCAGGAGAAGGACGGGCUAAUAUACUUGUACCAAAUCAGCUCGAUGCUUUAGAGGCUCAGUGGGGACUUGGUAGCUCUCCCCAACGAGAUGACCUGAAACUCCUCUGUGAACAAAAUGAGGAGGAGGUUUCACCUCAGCUAUUCACUUUCCAUGAAGCAGUGUCUCAAAUGGUGGAAAUGGAAGAACAGGUUGUAGAAGAGCACAGAGCGAUAUUCCAGGAAUCUAUUCGGUGGCUAGAGGAUGAAAAAGCACUUUUGGAAAUGACUGAAGAAGUGGAUUAUGAUGUGGAUGCGUACUCCACACAGCUAGAGGCUAUUUUAGAUCAGAAGGUUGAGAUUCUAACUGAACUGAGAGAUAAAGUAAAAGCCUUCCGUACAGCUCUUCAAGAGGAAGAACAGGCUAGUAAGCAGAUCAAUCCCAAACGGCCACGAGCUAUUUAAAUGACAGACACAUGCUAAGGAUUAACUGAUUCACUAAAUCCUUAUUACUGAAACUUCCUUACUAAUGUCAUGCUGUGGUCAUCAGAACCCAAUCACUGGAAUGAUGAGAACUUUUGGAACUACAUCAAUUGAAACUUUCUAUUAUUUGACUUGAAUAAGUUUUCUUCUGAACUCACUCCCAUGGUAUUACUAUUAAGCAAAUGCUUCUAAUCCAACAGCACAAAUUCACAGGGUUAGGACUUUAUUAAGUACUUCAUUGAAAAGUUUUGGGCUUUGCCGAAAAGCUUUGGAAAGAAAAUUCUUGCCAACUUUUUUUUUAAAUAACUGUCAAAAUAACUAUGGAGAUUACGCUUUUAGAUACUCUGUAUUUUUUAUUUUAUAUUUUAAUUGAUGUGGUUACAUUUUGUUAUCAUAGCUGGCUGUUUAGUUUUGAAGUGUGUUUGUAUGCAUGCACAACCCACUUGUGGUGUGAAGUAACUCUCAUACACCAGACUGAUUAAUUGAUCAACUUGUUUUCUCUAUGCCUUCCACAAGGCUGAUUUUGCCCAAACCAACAGGUGUCUCAAUAUUAGGGACUGAUGUUACUUAAUAAAAAUGCAUUCCUUGUUUUCUGUGUGAAUUAAUUUAUUGUGCCAUGUAUUUUUCUGUUUUAGUUGUGUGUUUGAGCCAUCCUUUGUCUAAUUUGUUCUAUUAUCUUUAAAAAUAAGUGCCAUAUUAUCAAUGUAUUGAAAAUGUCAGUUAGUCUUGAAAUGGUACACAAAUGGAGCUUGACAUUCCACUUACAUAAUUUAUCAAUUAAGUCAAGGUAUAUGCUGAUUUUUUUUUUAAUGAAGUGCUUCCUAGCAUCUCAGUUUAACAGCUAUACAGAGUAUUGAAAAUAAAGUUAAAUUUACUUUUGGGAGAGGUUGCAUUUCAAGCAAUGUCAGGACAU